AUGGCAGCCACGUUCAUAGCCAAGAGCGCGAUGUUCCGUCUUUCGAAAGCGUUUCCUCGAACUUCAUCCCUAAGAUCCUCCCACAGUCUCACGAGUCUGCUUCACUACCACCGGCUGCAAACACCAAGAGGUAAAACCAAAAACUUCACUUCGAAUGUAUUUUGUGGAGUUUUCAGUGAUGAUUUCAUAGCUAAACACUUUCUGGGCAGAAAUGCGUAUGAAGAAAGAGACCCAAAAGCUGACAUGGCCCACAGGGGAAAGGAUUAUUCAUCAUCAUCAGACGCAGAAGCUGAGAUGGCCUAUGUAGCUGAAGAUGACUCCGAAGCAGCCAUAGAAAGAGCAAAAGAACAAGCACGGGAAGCGAAGGAGAAAGCGAAAGAAUAUGCACACAAAACUAAGGAGAAAAUAAAAUCUAAAGAAAAAGCACACGGUGUGAAAGAGAAGACUGAGGAGAUUGCUGGUUCUUCGGCCACCAAGACCUUAGAGACAAUGCAAAGUAUUAGGGAGAAGGUAAAACAGAUAGUGUAAGGAGCAUGGGACGCCGUCAAGGGGACAACGUAAAAGAUCCAAGAGAUUGGGGUUGGAAAGAAUGAGGAGGACGUGGAAGUGAAGAGGAUGGAUGACAAUGUUGUGGAAUUGAGGAGGCGUGCUAGAACAGAAGAUGAUGAAAGAAAGAACUGA